AGAGUGAGCUUUUCGGGGUUGGGCCCCGGAUGAUCUUUUCAACAGGCAGAGGGGGAAUGCCAUCUCCAGCCCUUUGCUUAAGGGACAGAGGUCUUCGCUUAAGAAGCUGAUCUGAAGUCCCAGGAAAGGAGAGGGGGCAGUUUGGGAGAUGUCUACUGGGCCCCCACUGGUGGAGGAGACUCAGCAGAGGAUGGAGAAGGAUGGAGAAACCUGCAGUGUGCAGGAUACUGGGGGAGGGGGGGGGGAAGUGCUUCCAGGAGACUCAGCCCAGCAGCAAGGCAAGCCAACAUCACAGGGCCAAGCUGAGAAGGAAGGGAGCCCAGGUGAGUCCAAGGGAGCGAAGGACCACCGAGGCCACCAGAAGGGCGUUCAACAGAAGCCACUGCCUUUCCUACAGAGCUUCAGCUGUCCAGCAACGGUGAACAGCCUAGCAGAUAUUCCAGAAGAGGCUUCGGCUGCCCCCGGCGCGGAGCGUCCUCAGGACCCAGCUGCUGCUUCUGCGACUGGCAAAGACCCUGCGCCCGGACACCCCAGCCGCGAGGAGGCGGCCCCAGGGCCAGCAGCAGAGCCCCCAAGCCCCGCAGCCAAAGAGGGCCACAGGGCUUUGGCUGAGGAGCCCCCUCCUCUUCCUGCUCCCGAUGCUGCUGGGGCCCCUCCGUCUCCUGGAAGCCAAGCUGCCGCCAGCUCUCCAGACCCUGAGGCCGGCCCCUACCUCACUCCGGACUUUGGCAAAGAGGAUCCUCUGAUCCUGGAUGACACGCCCCCGCCCCCUGCGCCUUUCACCCACCGCAUCGUCACACUGAGGACCGGCGACUACAAAGAUGCCUACAACCUGAACACUAAGGAGAUCCUGGGAGGGGGGAAGUUUGGAGAAGUCCGUACGUGCACGGUGAAGGAGACGGACCUCAAGCUUGCUGUGAAGAUCAUUAAGAAGCAGGGGCCAAAAGACAGGGAAAUGGCAGAAGUGGAAAUUGAUGUGAUGAACCAGCUCAACCACCGGAACUUGAUCCAGCUCUAUGAUGCCAUCGAGACGCCCCGAGAGAUCAUGCUCUUCAUAGAAUUUGUCCCAGGUGGUGAGCUUUUUGAGCGGAUCAUCGAUGAGGAUUACCAGCUGACUGAAGUGGAUUGCAUGGUUUUUGUACGGCAGAUCUGCGAGGGAAUCCUCUUCAUGCAUCAGAUGAGGGUGCUGCAUCUGGACCUUAAG